UCCUAAAAAUGCGGCGUCUGCUAGAUCGCUAAGAGUGUUUUGUUAACAGAAAAAACGUAAUUUAAUCUAAUCUGCUGGAAGAUUUAAACUACUGUUUCCACGAAAUGGGCGUGUUAUGCUUACCCUUUGAUAUUUAUGCGAUAGCAACCUGUUCCGGUUAAAAUGAUAUCCAUUUUCUAAAUAUCGGUCAUGUAAUUGACGGUGCAUAACCUAACGGUGUGUGAUGUUUCUAACAUAAAGUAUGUACCUAAUUGUCGUCUAAAAAUUGAAAAUACAUUUGAUUAAAUGAUGAGAGAUGCGUACCAAGGGCCUGCUAUUGUUGCUUAUCUGCAUAGCAGGAAGCAGCAUUAUCUUCAUUGCUUUCAGCAAUCAACGACCUUCCAUUCAAACUCUAGUUACAGAGACACACAAGCAAUUACGAAACUUCCAAGAAAAUUUGAAAGACGUUGAAGAAAAGCGCUUGGUGACAGAUUCCAAGUAUCUUGCGAUGCUUGGGCUCGAUGGGCAAACGAGCACAACACCUUUUAGUCUUAAAUCUCAAAAUGUGACUGUUGUCUCUCUUAUCAGGCCUGGAAACGAACAACACAUUUACGGCUUUGUGAGAAAUAUCAGUCACUUUUUGCCAAAUAACAGUAUUGUCGUAUAUAGCGUCGGAUUGAACGACGAUUCUCUGCAAAGUAUUAGGACGGCUUGCAACUCUACAAAAUGUAAUGUGAUUCAUUUUGAUAUAAGCCUAUUUCCGGCCCAUGUUGAAGAUGAUAGGCUACAUGUUUAUAGACCUCUAGUAAUCCAGACAGCUUUAAACACAUUAGGAAAUAUACUGUAUAUGGAUUCUAAUAUGCGUUUGAAUUCUUCAGACAUUUCAAAGUAUCUUUCACCGAAAUCUGGGAUUUUAAGUUGGCCUACAAGGCAUGCGAUUAGCUCUUUAACGCACCCAAAGAUGUAUGAAUAUUUUCACGUUUCUGCAGAAAGUUUCUUCUUUCUUCCUUUAAUAAGAGCAUCGCACUUAGUAAUCAGAAAUGUUCAAGAAAUUAGAGAGAAAGUAAUGUUGCCAUGGGUUCAGUGUGCACUGACAAGAGAUUGUAUUUGUCCUAUCGGAGCUCAAUCAGCAGGUUGCCGAUUUAAUAAGAAACCACAGUAUCGGUAUUCCGGUUGUCACGCGUAUGACGCUUCUGCACUGAAUAUCGUACUCGGACUGCACUUUAAUUUCGAUGAUACGUAUUACGUGCAUCAAGGGCGAGAAACCUACUUUAAUAGAGUACAACCAGAGGAGAUUACGGAAGAGUAUGUUACGAUCACACGACAGAAUAACGCGACUGAAUCGAAUUUGCGGAAUAUCAUAUCAAUUGAACGUUAAUUUGCCUGAUAUCACGAUUCAUAUUAAAACAUGAAUCAAGCGAUAGAUCGAUUAAGCACAAGUUAAUAUAAGGAUGCAUAGAUAAGUUAAAGGAUAAAUAAAGAACUUUAGCGAACAAACAA